AUGGCAAGAGUAUCGAAUAAUAAAAUAAAAAUUGGUGUACAUUGGAAAAAUUCUUUAUUAAUCGAUAUACCACCUUCGACUAGUCCUCGUCAUCCGAAACUUAUUGAACUUGAUCCAAGCAUUCCAUUGAAUGAUUAUAUUAAAAAAAUAUGUGAUGAUUGGAAAAUUCCUUUAUCAAAUUCAAUUCAUUAUGCACUUCGAUAUGAUGAUACUCAUAAAUUUGUUACUGAACAAAAUCGUUAUCAAAUUCCUACUGGUCAAGUUUUUUAUCUUUCACUUUCACAUGAAGAUGAAGUUCAAGAUAUAUUAAAAUAUCUUUCAUCAAAUGAUUAUCAACGAUAUGAUUUAACUGUACUUGAACGAUUAAAAUUAGCUGGUGAAGAUGAAACAUUUGCACUUGAAUUUGUUCAACAAAAUGGUCUUCAAUAUUUAUUAAAAUUAUUUACUCAUGAUGGAAAAUUAAAUAAUUAUGAAAAUUUUACACCAAAUCUACUUCGUUCACUUCAUAAUAUAAUGAUAAAUCAACAAGCUAUUCAUUGGGAUAAUCUUGAAUCUAUUAAUACAAUUGUUGAUCAAUUAAUAUUCGGUAUUAAUGCAUCAAAAAUUCCUUGUUUACAUUCAUCAUCAGCAAUGAUGAUACUUCAUUCAAUUAUUAAUAUUGAAUCAAAAUAUUCAUCAAAAAUUAUUCAAACACUUGAAAUAUCACAUUUACUUGAUUAUUGUAACAAACAGCAUGAUACUGAAACACAAUAUUAUGCAUUAUCAUUAAUUAAUGUGAUUAUGAGUAAAAGUGAUCAACUACUUCGUUCUUCAUUAGUAAGGACUAUGUCAAAUAUAAUUGUUUCAACAAAUCUUCGUGAACUUGUACAAUUAAUAAUUACUAGUGAUGAACAUUCGAAUAAUGAUUCCUAUACAUCUAUGGAUAUCUCAAUACAAUCAACACGAUAUGUUACUCGUUCAUUACUUAUUCAACAAUUAUGUCUUUUACAAAGAUUUUAUUUGAAUGAAUUAUAUACAAGUUCAAUGAAUACAUCAUCCGAUCGAUUCGAUACGAAAUAUCGUGAUAUGAUUUUGGAAUUACGACGAAGUGCAUUUGAUACAGAUUUAUUAUUAUCUGAUCAAAGUUGUCAAGAUUUAAGUAUUCGAGUAUCACCAGGAAAUAUAAAUGAAACAAUAUCAACAAUGAAUUCUCGUCGAGUUGAAGCAUUACAACGUGAUUAUGAACGACUUGGAUUUCAAGAUCUUCGAGAACCAAUAAGAGAUUUUCAAAUAAUUCCACCAGGUAUUUUAUCAUUACAAAAUUUAUUCUAUUUUUGUAUUCAUCAAAAAAAUGAUUUUAUUCGAUUUGUUCUUGAAAAUUCAUGUAAAACACUUCAACAACAAUGUCCAUUAGUUAAAUCAGCUAUUGAAAUUACACGAAUACUUUGUAAACUUUUUUAUAUUGGCGUUGAACCAAAUCGACAUCAAAUACAUAAAGAUUAUUUCUUACUCUUCUACACAAUAUCAUCAUUUUUUGAACAAGCAUUUGUUCGUUGUCUACUUUUAUUUAAUAAAACAUGGAAAGAAAUGCGUGCUUGUGAUGUUGAUUUUCAAGUGGUUAGUUCAGUUGUAUAUCAACAAAUUUCACAAUCACUUGAUGAUAUUUCUUUAAUAAAUUCAUCAACAACAGUAACAAAUAAAACAAUACUAUCAUCAUAUUCACCUUCAAAAAGUCAAACAUUAUUAUCACCAGUAAUUAAAUCAACAAUGAAUACAUCAUUAACGUCAAUUAUUUUACAACGAUUUACAUUUGAUUAUUUUUUUGAACGAUUAAAUACAAAUAAUUAUAAAGAUAUAUGUAGACGACGUGAUGAACAAGAAUUAAAAAGAGAAGAAACAAUUAUGAAAUUACCGAUUGUUGAAACAUUAAAAGAACGUUUAAGAUCACAUGUUCAAUCCUUAACACGUCAAGCUCGACUUAAAACAAUGAAAAAAGGUCAAAUAUUUAUGACUUAUGAAAGUCGUUCUGGUGCAAAAAAAACAAAAAAUCGUUCAAUGUUUUGGCAAUUACUUGAUAAUGAAAAACAUGUACAAUGUAGUGAACCACCAACAACAAUCAUCAAAGAACAUAAUACAAGAGAUAGUUCAAUAACAAGUCUUACUAGAACAAUGAUUCCACUUGAAAAUAUUAAAGAUAUUCAAUGUAAUAUUGAUCAAUUACGUUCCGGUACUUUGAAUACACAAGAACGAAUUCCAAAAAUUCCUCGUCAUAGUAAUGCACAUAUGACUGUAACAAUUAUUCUUCAAAAUGAUACAACAUAUACAUUAUUAUGUGAAAAUGAUUAUGAUAUGUCAUGUUGGAAUGAUGGAUUUAAUAUUCUUUUACAUAAAGAAAUGGAUAGUUUUUAUGCUCGAGAAGAAAUGGAAUUAUUAUUAAAUUUACUUUGUCAACUUCAAAUAUUGGAAUUAGAUAGUCCAUCAAUUAUUUUACCACAACAUCAAUUACCUGUUCCUAUUCGUUUACCACCAAUUCGUCCUGUAUCUUCAACAUAG